UUAUUUAUCAACACCUUCACUUUGUGUGGGUGGGGAAUUUCCCCAACAAGUACUUCAGGAAGACAGCAGUUAUGACCUCUACUGCUCUUUCCUCUGGAAACACAAGCUCCUCCCAGCUGGUGAUACUGCAUCAAAGUCUGAAUGGCUCUGACAUACACAGAAUAUUGAAAACAGGGCAAUACAAAAUCAAAGUGUCUACUGGUACGGUACCCAGCACGUGCAUCUUCCCACAAGCAACAUCUGCUUUCAUGAUUCUACAAGCAUCCUCAGUACUGCACUCAAGCAAGGCUCACAUUGACCAAGAAAUUGCAACUAAUUUGAAGAAAUUUAGCGAACUUCGUCAUAAAUGUUACGUAUUUCUCUCGGCCCCAUUAAUUGGAGCUUCAGAGCAAAAAAUAUUAUCUCUCUUACAAGAAGAAUAUUUGAACACUGAAUUGAAUUUCUUGCCAGUGCACAAUGCGACCGAAUGUGGAGAAUGUAUUUUCAGUAUAACGAAGGUUUUGUGUAAACCACUAUCAGAUGUGAUAAGGGAAAGAUUUCGACGACUUCGUGAUCAAGUUUGCUCAGAGGAGAAUAUUUUACUGGUGCUAGCAGAACUGGGGAUUGACCAGCGGACUGGGACAAUUCUAUUAGACGGCUGUGGUGGAUUGUCCGGUGUCGCCAAGGCAACUCGAAGAGGGGAGUUAAUUGAUUACAAUGUGAGCGGAUCUUUAAUCACGUCUAUACAAGAAGUAUUGAACACAAAGCAUUAGGUCAUAGCCAUUAUAGUAUAGGGAAUAUUGUGCUAGCUGACAUACAUGAUAUCAUGCAAUUAGUUAGACAGCCAAUAUUUAAACCUUAUAAGGUUACCAUUUGUGCCCCCUUGUUCCAUCCUGUUCUUGUACCCAA